AUGUACAGAAUAGACGUUUCAGAUUUUUAUGACUUCCAAGCGUUCAGAAAUAUGUGUCCAUUUAGAGACUAUAACAAAGCAGUCGAGAAUUUGAAACGUUUAGUCAUUUAUGUCGACUCUGCCCCAGAAUGUUAUGUUAUGAAAGAAUGGGAUGUUGUCUUUAACAAACCAAGAGCGACAAUAGUUUCAGAACAAGAAUGUAGACAGAAACUUAAGAAAAUAAAAGUCGUACAAGUUGGUAUGAAGAUGUUAGAUGCUUGGGAUAUCUUAUUGUCAAAGUUAGAAGAUUUUUCAGUUCGUGGUAUAAAGUUCUAUACACCAUCUCCAAACUUCUAUUCUAUCUUCACUGGAUAUAAAUACGAACAAGUAGAAUGGAAAGAAAAUGUUAUAGAAGCUUGGUUAGACCAUGUCAAAGAAAUUAUAUGCAAUGGAAACGAAAGAGUCUAUGAGUAUAUCUUAUGUUGGUUUGCAAACAUCUUACAAUAUCCAAGUGCUAAAAAUGAAACUGCUCUCAUUAUAAUUGGAAAACAAGGAACAGGUAAGAACACUUUCUUUACAGAUAUCUUAUGCAAACUGUUAGAGGGCUAUUCGAACCCGAAUAUGACAAACUUAGAAAACAUCUGCGGUAAAUUUAACUCUUCAAUAGAGAAUAUGAAACUUAUAGUAUGUAACGAACUUCAAAGUAUAGAUACAACAAAGGUUUUAAACUCAGAUGCUUUGAAGAGUCUUAUAACAGACAAAGUUGGAGUUGUUGAAAGAAAAUAUAAAGACCAAAGAGUUUGUGAAAAUGUUGCAAAUUUCAUCAUGGUUUCAAACAAUGCCGUUCCGAUGAAGUUAGAAAGUUCUGACAGAAGAUAUGUAGUUGUCAGAACGUCAGAUUCUCAUAUGCAAGAUACAGAAUAUUUUGACGACUUAGCAGAAACUUUGACACCUAACUUUUACAACCACUU